CUCUGCCAUGGAGUUGGAAGGGGGAGACACUGACCCAGUAGUCGAUCAUGUGGCAACAACCAGGGAGUCAAGAUAUCCAGUCAGAGCGAGUACAUCAAAGGUUUGUGGCAGACAUUACCUGUUGACUUAUCAAAGAGGGAUGUAUUUAGCUUUACCCUCCCAUCAAAACAUGCACCUUUUCGCAGAGAGUCCAUUAUUUAUUAUUGACCUAAGAGAGUCAAAGAAACUCAUUGUCUGUGCAACAUGCCGGAUGAUGGAAGAGAGUACUGGCAGUGUGAAGGAUGCUUUAAAUGGUUCCACCGGGAAUGUGUUGGUGAGUCAGUGGAACCAGAAAAGUACAAGUGCGCAUCAUGUUCACACAAGUGAACCAUACUAUUCUGUCGUAAAACAGUUGCGGGGGGUUAAAGAUCCCAACCUAAAAGCUUAUCUUGCGAAGGAUAAAUAGUGAGUCAAAGCGGACACAGUUGAUGAGGAAAUAUGCAUCCAGCAUUGGAAGCAAAAUUUUUCUUUAAUAAAAAUACAAUUUAUUUAAUGAGGUAGUUUACAUAAUGCCCUGUCUGUUGGUUUGUUUGUUUGUGCAAACCUUAACAUUUGCAAUAACUUUUGCAAUAUUAAA